AUGAUGAAGAGGUGUAAUCAAGCCCCUCCUACUUCUUCCAAUCUGAAAAGGAAAAAGAAAGAAGAUAAUGGUAAGGAAAAAAAGAAAGGUAGAAGGGAGGAGAAAGCGAUAAAUGUUGACAUCAUUGAAUCUGAGAGCUUGCUGGAGAAUGACAGUGAUGGAGAAGGGUUUGAUGAUGAUUCUCAUAGAAGCAAUGUUGUGGAAAGCAUGCUGCAAGAUCCCGACGACAAUGAUUCUGGAUUAAUAGAAGGUUCUGAGACCGAAGAGGACAUUGAGUUUUCUUAUUCAGAUGAAGAGGAUAUUAGGACAAAUGGUGGAGCAACAUCUAAGGAUUCAAAGGAUUUGAGCUCUUUUAAUUUACAUUUGCAACAUAAUUUAUCAAAAGAGGAAAUUGACAACCCAAAGAAUUUGAAAUUCAGCUGGGAUGUACCAGUUAUUGGUGUCUCAAAUUGCAAAUGGAUAGGAACUGGAGAAAAUAUCUUGGAGGAUUUUGAUAUCAACUCCUGUCCUGGUCUGAAGACAAAUUUACAUGAGCAUUGGAUGGAUGUGUCCAAGACAUCUGGAGGCAAGGAUAUUAAUUCACCUAAACAGCAGAUGUUUUUCUCCCUUUGCAGCAGCUAUCGGGAUAUACUUCACUGUAACAAGAGACCAUUCUAUUUAAAAGGCCUUGAAGACAUAAGCAUCAUGGAUGCAUACAUAGUGCAUUCUCUAAAUCACGUCUUCAGAACUAGAGAUUGUGUUAAAAAGAAUGAUGCUAAACUGUCUAGGCUUGAAGAGGGUGCUGAUAGUGAGAGAUUCCGAGAUCAAGGGUUUCUUCGUCCUAAGGUUUUAAUUUUGUUGCCAUUGGCAAGUAUUAUGUACCGUGUUGUAAAGAGGCUUAUACAACUUACACCUUCAGCUUACAAGGUCAAUGUUGAGCAUAUGGAUCGUUUUUCCACUAAAUUUGGAGGUGAAGAACAUAAAGGUGACAAGGAAAAUGGCGAAGAACCUGAAAAUGCAGACGCUCAGAAGUCAUCCAAACCGGACGACUUUCAAUUACUUUUUGAAGGCAAUAAUGAGGAUGACUUUAUGAUUGGUAUCAAAUUUACUAGGAAGACGAUCAAGUUGUUCAGUGAUUUCCACACGUCUGACUUAAUUAUUGCUUCACCACUUUGUUUGGUUAAUAAAAUUGAAGAGACUGGACGCGACAAGGAAAAAGAUGUAGAUUUUCUUUCGUCCAUAGAGGUUCUCAUUAUUGAUCAUGCAGAUGUAAUAGCAAUGCAGAAUUGGUCUCAUGUGCAUACAGUUAUUGAACACUUGAACCGCUUACCAUCAAAGCAACCCAGAACAGAUGUUAUGCGCAUUAGACCAUGGUAUCUUGAUGAGCAUGCCAGAUUUUACCGGCAAACAAUAAUUCUUGGGUUUUUCUCGAAUCCAGAUAUAAACGCUUCAUUCAAUCAUCAAUGUUCUAAUUAUGAAGGGAAGGUGAAGCUGAUGUGUGAAUAUAAAGGUGUUCUACACAAAGUGCUCCCUAAAAUUCAACAGGUUUAUGUACGAUUUAAUAUAGACUCAAUAGUAGAUGCUGAUGACAACCGUUUUGAUUAUUUUGUGAAGAAGGUUUUCCCAAGAAUAAAAGAUUCUGAUGAGGGAGGGAUCAUGCUAUUUAUCAGUUCUUACUUCGAAUUUAUUCGAAUCCGAAAUUUUUUAAAGUCGCAGGAUGCCUCUUUCUGUUUGCUUGGGGAGUAUUCAACCCAAAAAGAUAUUUCUCGUGCGCGUCUUUGGUUCUUUGAAGGGAAGAGAAAAAUCAUGCUUUACACAGAGAGAUCUCAUUUUUACCACAGAUAUAAGAUUCGCGGGGUUAAGAAUUUAAUCAUGUAUUCUCUCCCAGAGAGGAAGGAGCUUUAUCCUGAGAUUGUAAAUGUGCUUGAUGGGUCUGAAAACACUGCAUGUACCGUCCUUUUUUCGCCCCUCGACAAGUUUCGGCUGGAAAGAAUAGUUGGAACAACUCCUGCGAAAACCAUGGUGGCUUCAGAGAAACCUGUUUUUGUUUUUUGCGAAUAA